AUGUCUUCGUCAGAGAUCCCUCACGAAGACGAUGACAAGGGCGGAAAGCUGCGCCGCAAACGAGCCUCCCAAGCUCGUUCGUUAGUUGUGCUGGUGGCCCUUGUCGGUUUCAUCCUGUUAGUGUCCGUCGUCAAGCUAAAUCAUAAGGAUAAGUAUAAAAAGUACAUUCCUUCUCGAAAACUGAGACGGCAGCAGCAUCACUCCGCACAAGCAGUGGAAGACAAUAAGGCACUCGAAUUGGAACCAGCCGCGGGUCGUCAAAUCGCUGAAAGCUUCUUGCCACCCGACUCGAUUUACCAACUAUCGACCAAGGUCAGUUACGAAGAGUUGAGUAUACUUCAAGAAAAGUAUGCCUCAAGAGGUUUUUCGGUACUGGCCUUUCCGAUUUCGGACUUUCAUCAAGAAUUGCCCGACAACAACUCCAUUCUGGGAUAUGUCCAGGAGAAGUAUCCCCAAGUCAACUUUCCCAUUUUUGGGCUUUCUAGUUUGGCCGAGAAUCCAGUUUAUGACAAAUUGCAAAAGACCUCGGGACACAAGGUUCAAUGGAACUUUUACAAGUUUCUGUUGGAUCGCAAUGGCAAAGUGGUGGGGACUUAUAACCAUCAAGAAAAUCCAUUGAGCUUGACAGGCGAUAUUGAAAAACUUUUGGACGAAUCGGAUCCUCAUUCGCACAAACUAGUCACUCAUUAA